CGUCGGAUGCGUCGUUGACACGGCGGCUGGCGCACUUUGCUUUCCUGAUCGGGAAAACGGACCUGCCUGCCACGCCGGGUGGUGGGUACAGCCACGAGAGAGAAAGAGAGAGAGAGAGAGAGAGAGAGAGAGAGAGAGAGAGAGGAUAGUCGAGGAGGCGUGCGCGUUCGCGGUCGCGUGGGCGCAUCAUCGCAGCCGUGGAAAUGGGGAUGUGGUCCUCCCCUCUCCCAUCAGCGUCAGCCGUUCCGACGAGAUGAAAUGAAGCAACCACUGGUGCUGCUCCCACGCCGCCUCCACCUCGGCCUACGAACUUCCCCUUCUUAUUCGGCGAGGUCGUCGGGCCGAUCGGCGAUGACGCCUCCACCGAUCCUCUCCCUCGUGCUGCCCUCCGAGACCGGUCGGGUCCUCAGCAUCCAAUCUCACACGGUCCAGGGAUAUGUUGGCAACAAAUCUGCUGUCUUUCCUCUUCAGCUACUUGGCUAUGAUGUGGACCCUAUCAACUCAGUUCAGUUUUCGAAUCAUACAGGAUAUCCAACAUUUAAAGGGCAUGUUCUUAAUGGCCAACAGCUGUGUGAUCUGAUUGAAGGCCUUUCAGAAAAUCAUCUAUUAUAUUACACCCAUUUAUUAACAGGUUAUAUUGGUUCAGUUUCAUUUCUGGAAAUGGUAUUACAAGUUGUGGAGAGACUGCGGGUGGUCAAUCCUGGACUUCUAUAUGUUUGUGAUCCUGUUAUGGGAGAUGAAGGAAAGCUAUAUGUUGCACCUGAUCUGGUUUCUGUAUAUCGUGAGAAGGUUGUUCCUGUUGCUUCAAUGCUUACCCCUAACCAUUUUGAAAUCGAGCUGCUAACAGGAUUGAGAAUUACAUCUGAAAGUGAUGGGUUGAAAGCUUGUAAUAUUCUUCAUGCAGCUGGACCUUCAAAGGUGGUGAUAACAAGCUUGAGUAUAAAAGAAAAAGUCUUCCUCAUUGGCAGUCAUCAGAAAGUAAAGGGUCAAUCACCACAGCAGUUUAAGAUAGUGAUUCCUAAGAUUCCUGCAUAUUUUACGGGCAGUGGUGAUCUGAUGACAGCACUUUUACUGGGAUGGAGCAACAUAUAUCCAGAUAACCUUGAGAAAGCAUCAGAGCUUGCAGUGUCAAGUUUACAGGCUGUGUUGCAGCGAACACUGGCAGAUUACACGACCGCAGGUUUUGAUCCACAAUCGAGCAGUCUAGAAAUCCGAUUGGUACAGAGCCAAGAUGAUAUUAGGAACCCAGAAAUUAAAUUGAAGGCGGAGAGUUAUACUUGAAGAAGGCUUGAUCAUCGUGGUUAAAGGAUUGCUACUUGCUUAAUAAGGUUGAGAAUGAUAAAGGCAUCACCCAAGCCUUUUUGUACGUCAUCCUUUUGUUGGAGAUACUCUUUUGGGGGUGUUGGGGAAAUCCUUUGAAUAUAUAUCAAGGACAAACAGAUCAAUAGAAACCAUCUUAUUCUCUGUUAAUCUACUCAACAAGUUUUUUAGCUUUAGUUGGCUGAAACAGAUUUAGGAAA